GCUUGCAUUUUAAGGCUGUCACAUGAAAUGCCCCAAAUUCAUUAUUUUUACACCAUUUUGAGUUUGACAUUUUAAAGAAUAGCUGUGUAUGUAUUGCAUGUGUAAAGUUUGUUGUGUAUCUUUUACUAGAAACGUAUGAUACACAUGUGCGCAUACUUAGGGGAACUUGCCAUAUACCUAGUUGUGUAUCUGGACAAUCAAAUUUGAACAGCCAUUUGGAAAAGUUAAGCAAAAUCUCAUCAUUUUUUAAGUACAGAAAGUGAGGCAAUCCUAUCAAGAGCUAAAUUUUUGAAGACAAUUACAACUAUAUCGAUGCUCAUAUUUUUUGUUUAAUCCAAAGACAAAAACGAGGCUGCAGAAUGUUAACGUGUCUGGACACCCCACUCCCCAUCUUAAUAAAUGGCAUUUUAAGUUAUUUGAUACCUACUAGUCUUCAGUUGAAUUUUCUAAGAAAUUCAAUCGUUCACCUUUACGUUCAGUUUCAGCCUGAUCACACCUGUGGGCAAUGCAUUGAAUGAUAACGAAACUUUUUCAGAGAGCCCAGUCCCACCUGUCCAGAGUGAUGUCUGGAAAGCCAUACCAACUCAAACCAUCUCGUCUUGGGGUGGAGGUGUUCGGUAUCGAUCUUGCUCAACAGCAACCACAGGAAGUGAUUGACCAGAUAAAACAGGAUGUUGCCCAACACAGGCUGAUGAUCUUCAGGAAUCAGAGUGUAAUCUCUGGGGACCGCCAUGUAGAGAUCAGCCUCUGGUUCGGAGAGUUAGAGUCCACUUUCUACAAGCAUCCCAAGUCGCCCCACCCUGAUGUCUUUAGGGUGUCUAACGUAGAGAGUGAGGGGUGCAGGGGGGUGGGGCGGACUGGAUGGCACAUCGAUGGAAGCUUUCAGCCGGCACCAUUCAACUACUCGCUCUACUACAUGCAUGUCGUGCCUAAGGAAGGGGAUACAGUGUUUGCCCCUUUGAAUGAGAUCAUCAUCGGUCUUCCUGAGGAUCAGCUGGCUCGAUGGGAGAGGCUAUAUAUGAUGAGUGACAGACGAGGAGGCUCAGUACAUCCCCUCGUCUACUCCCAUCCCCGGACAGGAAAAAGGACACUGUGCUUCCAUCUUGGUAUGACCGAUGCUUUCAUAUGGGACUAUGGUACACCUGGACAAAGGCCGACCAAUCCUAUGGAGACCCAGGAGAUUCUUAAUGAGAUUCAUCAUGAGUUUGUCAAAGACGAUGGUGCUGUUCAGUACUCACACAAGUGGCAAGUCGGGGAUUUCAUAAUCUCAGACAACUUAGCCGUCGGUCACGAGGCGACGCCCCAGACCCAGGACUCGGUGGAGCGGGUGGGGCUGAGAGUACUCCAUAGGACCACUGUCAAGGGGACGCAACCUCCCACCAAAUGCUAUCAGCUGGACACAUCCACUUAGUGGGUGGGGUCUGUAAGAUUUGGGUGGUGUUUGAGUUUCCUUUUCUGAUAAUUUUCUUUUUGCUGAAAUCUGAAUAUGUCAGUGCUAGAAUACAUGCAGGCUGCGAAUAUAAUAAAGAUGUCAACACCGAAUUUAAGGGGAUAAAAGGACAAAUAAGAAUGGUUUAGGGUUAUUUGCAUGAAUCCGUUAAACCUCAAGAAAUAGAUUUUAGUCGUUUUUUGUUAGAAUACUAAAAAAAUAUUAGCUUUCAAAGUCUCAUUUUAGUUUCUUUAAGAAAUAUAUAGCAAGGAAAGAUACACUUGGAAGUAAGUCGAUUUCCGUAUUAUUGUUUGUUUUUUUUAUUUGAAUAUCUUCACAUCAUCCACUGUUUCUUUGAUGCAUUAAAAUUAAUAUUUUCAAAUUACUUUAAAACUAUUUCUUUCAUAAUUCAAUCUUUGUUGCCAGAAACAACUUUGUGGUUCAAAUUGAGUGUCUUUUAAAAUUUUGAUAAACCAUAUAAUUAUUUUUUUAUCAUACAAAUAAUUAAAAAAAGGCAUAAAAAUUUGCAAUUACUCAAUUACAAAAAGAGAGAAACUUGUACUUUGCUGUUUCAAGUAUUGAUAAAAAACAAAAUUUGAUGUUGGGUGUAUUUUUGUCUCACCUGCAUAGCAGAGUGAGACUAUAGGCGAC